GAGGGGAUCUUGAAGGCAGGAUUGUCGCUUCGAGCAACAGGACUUUUGAGCAUGAGCUGAGUGAAGCCAACCAAAAAAAAAAAACAGCCAAAACAACAAGGGAAAUCACAAUCCAAAUUAAAGGUGCGCCAUUUGUGACACUAGAAUAAAGAUCGGAGGAGCAGGGCUGCUGGACGAUGGCAUCAACGGGACUGCUGCUGCUGGAGUUGGGACUUUACGCCAGCUGUUUCGUCUGUGGGAUCGUCACCGCCGCGUCCAUCACCAUAGUCCAGGGUAAUUUUGGCGGUCGGUGUAUGCUUUAUGGACUCGUCUCUUACAAUGGAUCAGCGAGCCUCAUUGACGUCCAGUCCUCCAGCUCCUCCUCUCUGUGCUACUUUGUGUCGGCCAUAUCUGUCAUGGUGGCAGUGGUGUGUUUCUCGUUGUCACUGUACUGGCUCUACAGUUUCUGCAUCGACGGGGAGGUCAGAAGGGAGCGCAUGUGGAUGAACAUGAUCGUGAUCGUGUGCGGCGCCUUCCUGUUCUUCCUGCUCAUCACGGGGUGCAUGCUGAAGAUCGGACGCGACUCGCUCUGCCACUCGGUCAUAACCAACGUCCCCAACAUUACCAGCUGUGAGGAGGCCCAGACCAGGCAGUGGGUCAGUCCACUCAAAGGAGGACGCUUCUACAACAGUCUGUACAAAGCAGAGACGGCAGUGUGGGUCAACUUCUUCUUCUGGCUCAUCAUCGGUGGUCUGGUGUUUAUUCAGAGGCGCCAGAGUUCAGGGUCAAAGGUCAUUGCCGGAGGGUUUGGCGGACCAGCUGGAGGGCUUUUUGGCGACCCGGGAGUGACGGCUGCAGAGACGGAGCCCUUUUUCAACCGACCCGCGCGGCCACAGUGAGGACACGGUUCACAGGUUACUUACAAAAAACAACAUGGUAAUGUGGGAAAUAGGUCAAGUCCUUCAUUAGACGCAGCUUUGUAUUUUCAGGAGGCAGAGUGAAUACUAACGCCGUAUCAUCAGGUCACACGUGAAACAUUUUAGCAGUAUUCAUUUUGCCACUACAUCAGAGUUAAAACAUACCACCCGACGAGGAUGGGAUUCGAACCCACGCGUGCAGAGCACAAUGGAUUAGCAGUCCAUCGCCUUAACCACUCGGCCACCUCGUCACAUAGAUGUUGGUCAAUAGAAGAAAACAAAAAGUGCCUCCUUAAGUCUGUCAACACUGACUGUCUACACAAACAAAAGCUAGAUGUUCCUGUUUCCCACAUUUACAAAGUUACCAAAGCCAUCGCGACACCUGACUACUGCAUCACUGUUGUUUACAUAACCAAGACAUGGGAGAAAGUCUGUUUUAGACAUGUAUGUUUUUAUUUCAUUAGUGCGCUCAUAUUUUGUAUUUGGGAUGUGAUUGUGAAUGGCAGAUGUUUUUAUACACAAAGACAUUUUUCACUCAUCUUACAUUUCCAAAUCGUUUUGCCACAUUUCUUAAAAGAGUUCAAAAGAAAACUACGAGUCAUUUUAAAAUGAAGUAAGUGUCUAAAUGUUAGUGCGUCCUUUGGCAUCAUGUAGAAACACAGUUUAAGAUUUUUUGUAACUCUUAAAGUUUGCUCUUUGUCUCCUUAUUUCCAAACAGUUUCCUUUUUUUUUUUUUACUACGUUUUCAGUGACAUUGAAUGCCUCCCCCGCGCCAAACGGUUGUUUUUCUAACCUAGUUGACCGCUAUUGUGUAUCAGUUUCAUUUCUGACAAGCAGUCAUGUUCUACUCUGUGAAGCAGAAGAGCAGCACUUCUAUUUGCAUGGAAACAAUUUAGUUUGUCCUGUUAGGGUCAUGACAAUACAGUAAAGCCAACAUACCGGAAAAUGUACUCAAUUGUGCUUAAAAUGUCUAAAUGGUACAAAGAAUGAGGAAUGGUCCCUCUGCUGUUUCAA